AAUACACUACAAUAUUGACACAAAUGGCCAGUGCAUCAUCUGCAAGUGCUUUGAGCUUGAAGCUUUUCAUAGACACCAAAAAGGACAAGGUCCUGUUUGCAGAAGCCGGGAAAGAUGUUGUUGAUUUUCUAUUCAACAUUCUAUCUAUGCCGGUUGCUACUGUCUUUAGACUUCUCAAAACACAAUGCCUGAUCGGUUCACUUGGAAAUCUACACCAGAGUGUUGAUGAAUUGAACGAUACGUAUUUCGUGACCGACAAAAGCAAGGGCAUUCUGUUGAAGCCUAAACUUGCAAUCUCUACUGCAAACAUUGCCCCCCUCUUGUUCCCCAAUUCUUCAGCUGCCCUUAAAACAUGUUACAGGUGUCCUUUACAUGUGUCAGACGACGAAAGCGUCCGUUGUCCUCAAUGCAACGAUACCAUGUACACAGAGGCUACCUCUCUUCCUCUGCAAAGUAGGUAUGGUGAGGGGGGUUAUGUGAAGGGAAUUGUGACUUAUAUGAUAAUGGAUGAUCUUGUGGUGAAGCCUACGUCUAGCCUUUCAAUUAUUACUGAUUUGCUGGACAAGUUCAAUGUCAAGGAUGUUGGUGCUCUUGAACAAAAGAAGCUAGAGAUUUCUGCGAACGAGGCUAUGAAGAUGUUGAAGGCUUCUUUUAUGUCCAAGACUGUACUAACCGAUGUUUUCCUCCGAGAGAAUUGAAGGAGAUCAAGGGAGAAAGGGACUAGUUGACUGGAUCGUUUGUGUCUCAUUUUACAGUGUAGUUGCAAGUGUUAGAGCUUAUUUGAGGUCUGUAGUAGGAAGUAUGUGUUGAUACUGUGGUCUUGACCGGACCUCAUGAAGUAUUGUACUUUCUUGGAAGCUUAUAUGUUUCACCCUGGGAUGUUAAUAUUAUGGUGCAAGUAAUUUGGUAUAUAUAAGCUGUCUUUGUACUGCCUAGAUAAAAAAUCUCACCUUGUUAAGGAAAAAUCUCUUUGCUGGAGAUCCUUUUAUUCGACUUA